UUUUAUCAAGCUUGUGUGGUGUACGCAUGCAGUGUGUUGUUACGAAAUAGAGAGAUAUUUCUAGAAACUAUAAUUUAAAAAAGAGCUGAAGAUAUGAAGACAGCAGUCACUUUAUUGGCGUUUAGUAUAAUUGGAUUCAAUUAUGUUAACGCUUGUGAUAAAACUUCGUGCACCCCCACACCAGCACAUUAUGAUGAACUUGGCUGUGAACCAGUAUUAGACGAUGAUGAGAUGUGCUGUCCAAAGAGAUACGAAUGCCCCGAGCGUUCUGAAAAUGGUGGAUGUAAUUAUCGAGGAAAAUUGUACAAAGUAGGUGAAUCGAUCAGUGAACAAUUUUUACCUAAGCGAUGUGAUGCCGAAUGUACAUGUGAACACUGGAACGAUGAUAAUACAUACAAGUUCGUUUGUCGUGGCAUUCCAAAAAGUGAUAUCAAUGAUUACGAAAUUGAAAAUAAACUUGUACGAGUGCUGGACAAAUAUAUAACCGAAGAAACACAUGACCCAAUCGAGCGAUGUGCAGGUUUUCCAGUUACCGAUGCAGACGAAUUGGCAACAUUGAAAAAAACCAAGUGUACAUUUGAAGGUGUUGUUUAUAAAAAGGGAGACAAAAUUCAACCAGAUGGAACGUGCUAUGAGUGUAUUUGCGAUGAACGCAUUAAAUCUCAUGAUUUGGAUAUAUAUUCACCUCAAUGCCAACGAAAACAAUGCGGCCUAGGCGUAAGCGGCGAAGAACACGACUACUUGAAUCGUGGAUGUGCUCCAGUAUAUGAUAAAACCGCAACAAUUUGCUGCCCAAUCGAAUGGAGAUGCCCCACACCGACUGAUGUAAUCAAGAAGAGCGGAAUUCCUUUGUCCAGUGAUCGUAAGAUGAAGUGCCAAUUCGGUGAAAAAUCACUCAAUUUACUGGAUCAAGUUUUGUACGAAGAUGGAGAUAAAUUAAAUUGCAAGUGUUAUAUCCCACCAAUGGUGCACUGUUUGAAGAAUGCUGUAGUUUAAAUAAAAUAAUUCUAAUACUAUUCGAACCGAACAAAAAUAAAUUGUCAAUUCUCUAACACAAAUUAA